UCGGUCACUUAAUACUUAACAAUUGAACUUGUACAAUACAAAUCGAAAUAGUUACUUCUUAACAAUGUAUAUUGGUUUCACACAGGUCAUUGUAGUUUUCAUUUUAUACUUUGAUGUUAUUAGAAGUACGCCUUUGCUUGAAGUAAAUCGAAUCAUACAAAUAGUGAAUAACAUUCCAAAACACACAUGGAAGGCUGGAUUAAAUUUCCAUCCAAGUUUUUUGACGAACGUUUCACAUCUCAUGGGAGUUCUACCACGGAACAAACUAAGUGAACAGGACAUUCUCCUUACAUUCGAUGUACCUAUUGGUUCUAAACCUCUACCGGACAAUUAUGAUGUUACAGAAACAUGGUCCCAAUGUAUAUCGGUUGUUUCAAUCAGAGAUCAAUCAAAUUGCGGAUCUUGUUGGGCCAUAUCAACUGCUUCUGCAUUUAGCGACCGUCUGUGUAUUAGCACAAAUAUGGAUGUUAAUAAAGUUUUAUCUGGCGAAUACAUAAAUUCGUGUUGCAAUGGUAAAUGUGGUGAUGGGUGUAACGGUGGUCACCCAGAAAAAGCAUGGAAGUUUAUAAAGAAAAACGGAUUAUGCACAGGAGGUGAAUACGGCUCUAAUGAGGGAUGUCAGCCAUAUAGUAUAGCUCCUUGUCCAAGAAAUGCAAACUCCACCACCUGCUCUAAAGAAAAUGAAGAUACUCCCCAAUGUUACAAAAAUCAGUGCACCAAUAAUAAUUAUGAGAUUCCAUUAGAAUCAGAUCUGUACUAUGCCUCUAAAGUGUAUUCUGUUAAACCAAAACCGGAAAUAAUUAUGGGCGAGAUUUAUAAAAAUGGACCUGUAGUCGCAGCAAUGAAAGUCUAUGAAGAUUUUGUACAUUAUAAAGGAGGAAUAUAUCAGUAUACGACCGGUGAAUUGAAAGGCGACCAUGCUAUCAAAAUAAUGGGAUGGGGUCAAGAAGACAAAAUAGAUUACUGGUUAUGUGCAAAUACAUGGGGUAGCAAUUGGGGCAUGGAUGGCAUGUUUAAAAUCCGAAGAGGCAUAAAUGAAUGUGGUAUUGAAAACCGUAUAACUGGUGGAUUACCGAAGGUUUAAAAACGAAAUAAGAAGAUUGAAUGAUUAUCAGUUUAUCACUAAUAACAGAAAUAACCUUUUUUUUAAUGUUUUGUAGUUAAUACAUCUCACCAUUCUCACCACUUACCUAAACGUUACACGUUACAUAACAGUAUAACACAAACUCAUAAGUAGUCAUUGGGAGGGACUUUUUAGGACUUUCAUUUCAAAAGUCAUUGCCCCAUCAUAUGGAAUUUUAUUUAUUAAACAUGGGACGUAUCUAUAAAUUUACAUUGGAUAAACUAGCACGUUCCUUAAAAAAAAGAGUCAACUAAAUGUCCGCCUAUGUAUUAUAUAGUAUGUGUAGUGUAUAUUUAUGUAUAAGACAUAAGUCGAUGAUCAACUAUCAAGAUCUAAAUACGUCUUGAUGUACCUUUUUUUUUCCGUUCAAAAAACCGGGAACGGGUGGGAAAUGUUUAGCACAAUACUGCCAUCCGGUCCCACGUCUUGAUGUACCUAUCAUAUUGGUGCCUAAAGUAUCUAAUUACGUUAGUGUAAAAAGGUACUUAGAUUUAAAAAAAACCUUAAGAAAUCGGCAUCAUUAUAAUCGGUCUUCCCAUAUACCUAAAAAUCGAAAUCUGAAUAUUGCUUUCUGUUAUUUUAUGUGGCAGACGUUUGAAUUGGUCCCUAUAUUCUUCGAUUUUUAUCAAAUCAAUUUUAAUAAGUUUAAUUUUUGUUUAAAAUAUGCCAUAAAUAUAAUUUUAAAAA